AGGGCUGAAUUGCUCUGUGGGACAUUUUUCUCCCGUUCAGAUAUUCUUGUUUGUCUCUCCUGUUGACCGAACACAAAUUGACAGAAGGGGUCCGGUAAAAUCGGCUGGAAGAGCCGUUCAGUGACAGCUGCUGUUAUUUGACUGACAGACAGACCGGUGAAACGUGACGGACAGGUAAACCGCUGUACCUUUUUAAUCAAUGGCCCGGGGGAUAAAGACAACAGAAAAUAUGCUGUAACGUGAAGUGGUGUGUUUAUUUUGGACUUCACCGCGUUGUGACUGAAGUAUGGAGCCGUUAUAGCUGGUAAAGCGGAGACUGGAGGUUUGUGUCUGGGUUUUGUCUGCGUUCUGUCCCCUCCGGUGGACACAACUGAAGAGACUGGAGACACGGACAGAGACCCGGCUGUUUUUGUGUCGGCUGUUUCGGCGGAGACAUGGCAGCGGCGAUCGCCAGCGGUUUGAUCCGACAGAAGCGACAGGCGAGAGAGCAACACGCCCACCGACCGACAACUCACCGGCGGCGGAAGAGCCCCGGCAAGAAGCAGGGGCUGUGCAACGGGAACCUGGUCGACAUCUUCUCCAAAGUCCGGAUAUUUGGCUUGAAGAAGAGAAGGCUACGGAGACAAGAACCACAGCUGAAGGGCAUAGUGACCAGGUUGUUCUGCAGGCAAGGCUUCUAUCUCCAGAUGGGCCAGGAUGGAAGUCUGGAUGGGACCAAAGACGACAGCACCAACUCCUCUCUGUUUAACUUAAUUCCUGUGGGUCUGAGAGUCGUGGCCAUCCAAUCAGUCAAGACCGGCCUCUACAUCGCUAUGAACGGAGAGGGUCAUCUCUACUCAUCGGAACUGUUUACAGCCGAGUGUAAGUUUAAGGAGUCGGUGUUUGAGAACUACUAUGUGAUCUACAGCUCCAUGCUCUACAGGCAGAAGGAGUCGGGUCGGGCCUGGUUUCUGGGCCUCAAUAAAGAGGGGCAGGCCAUGAAGGGCAACAGGGUCAAAAAGACCAAACCGGCUGCACACUUCCUGCCUAAACCUAUAGAAGUUGCGAUGUACCGAGAGCCUUCGUUGCACGACGUAGGGGAGGCGGUGCCUAAACUCGCCGGGGGCCCGCCUUCUAAAAGCACAACCAGCGAACCGGUCGUCAUGAAUGGCGGCAAACCAGUCAACAAACCCGACAAGGAGGAGACAUAACGCCGUCCCACUUUUUACACUCCCCCCAAGUCAACUGGAAGCCAGGAAAACCAGAGACUCGCCCCACUGCUUAAAAAAAAAAAAAAAAAAAAAAAAAAUUCAUCUGAAAAAUUAAAAAAAAAACAGCGACAAAACAAACAAACAACAGCUCAAGUUCUGUCUGGUCAGCAGUGGGGCCGCACAUCCCGCCUCACCUCUCUCCCAGUUGGAGUUGUGGGGCGGGGCCUGAGGGACAGAGCGCUGCAGCUGGUGACGGGAUGAAGAGGGGAGGGAUGAAGACAGUAAAGUCACGCCAAUGCCAGCCAGAUAUUCUGGAAGUGGGACAAGUGGCAUGCCCUCAUACGGGACACAAAAUGACUUCUUCAGAAUAUAAACAAAACAAAGGAAAAAAAAUGGGGGAAAAAAAUGUUGUCUUCACCGGUAUUUUUCUGUGACAAUCUGUAAGAAUGAGGCCCCUUUUUCUUCUCCUGAUAUUUUCUGUUGCCAGGUAUGCUCACUUGCUGAUGGCUACGGACACACA